AGGGCUACUCGGGCCACCACUUGGCUCGCCUCGCUUCUCUCGGGCGGCUCGGGAGAGGAAGGCAGGGAAAGCGGAGGCGAAGAGGGGAAACCACCGCAAGCCGCUUGGAGGAAUUUAAUCAUCCCAGCCCGGCUGCAUAAAAGCCGUCUUUACGCACGGAGACCCAAACCCAUUUGGGGGGUUUCUUUGGAAAGCGGGGACGACCGAGGGAAAGGGAGAGGAUAAGAAGUUCAAGGGAGAAGGGUCUCUCCUGCCCGAUUCUCUGGUUUUGUGGACUCUAGAUCCCGGGGCCCUUGCUCCCCGAUGUGAUCCGGAGGGAAGCCCCGCGGAGUUGGGCGCUGUCUAGGUGUCCUUUUUGCCCGCCACCAGCCCCGGCAAAUCCGACCCAAGAACAAUACAAAGACCGGGGGGGGGGGGGGUUGGCACCGUUUCCUCGCUGGCCGGGAUCCGGGAAGAACCGGCACCAUCCUCCACCGCAGCCAUGCCUCUGACCAUGCCGAGUUUCCCCAGCCGGACUUAUGACUAUGACUAUGACUCGGUGCAGCCCUAUUUCUACUACGAGGAGGAGGAGGAGAACUUCUACCUGUCGGGCCAGCACAGGGGCUGCUGUGAGCUCCAGCCCCCGGCCCCCUCGGAGGACAUCUGGAAGAAGUUUGAGCUGCUCCCCACGCCCCCGCUCUCGCCCAGCCGCCGCUCUUUGGGGGGCUUCCCUUCCAGCGCUGACCACCUGGAGCUGGUGACGGAGCUGCUGGGUAGCGAUGCGGUCAACCAGAGCUUCAUCUGCGACCCAGAUGACGACGCCUUCGUCAAGUCCAUCAUUAUCCAGGACUGCAUGUGGAGUGGUGUCUCGGCAGCUGCCAAGCUCCAGAAGGUGGUCUCCGAGAAGCUGGCCUCCUACCAGGCUGCCAGGAGGGAUGGCACCGGCACCCAUGCCCGCAGUGGCGGGACCCUCUCGCCUUCCUUGUCCCUGACACCUGCUUCCUCCUCCUCCUCCUCAGCCACCUCUUCCUCAGCCUCCACCUCUCCCAGCAGCACCUACCUGCAAGACCUGGGUGCCACUGCCGUGGACUGCAUCGACCCUUCUGUCGUCUUCCCUUACCCGCUGGGAGAGAAGUCCCCCAAAGCCGUAGAAGAAGCAGCAGAAGAAGAAGAGGCCGGCUCCCCUGAAGCCAGCCCAGGGCCAUUGCUGGGCCAGGACACGCCACCCAGCACUAGCAGUGACUCAGAAGAGGAAGAGGAGCAAGAAGAAGAAGAAGAAAUAGAUGUUGUUACUGUAGAGAAAAGGCAACCUGCAGCAAAGAAAUCCGAAUCCAGUACACACACAUCAGGGGGGCAGAGUAAGCACCACCACAGUCCACUGGUCCUCAAGCGGUGCCAUGUCCCCAUCCACCAGCACAACUACGCUGCACCUCCCUCCACUCGAGUUGAAUACCCAUCAGCCAAAAGGCUAAAGUUGGACAGUGGCAGAGUCCUCAAACAGAUCAGCAACAACCGCAAAUGUUCAAGUCCCCGCACCUCAGACUCAGAAGAAAAUGACAAGAGGCGAACACACAAUGUCUUGGAGCGCCAGAGGCGGAAUGAGCUCAAGCUGAGUUUCUUCGCAUUACGUGACCAGAUCCCAGAGGUGGCCAACAACGAAAAGGCCCCGAAAGUUGUUAUACUGAAAAAGGCCACAGAAUAUGUCCUUUCCAUCCAGUCAGAUGAACACAGACUUUUAGCAGAGAAAGAACAGCUGAGGAGGUGGCAGGAACAGCUGAAAAACAAACUUCAGCAAUUAAGGAACUGUUGUGUUUGAAAGGAAAAAAAGAGAAGCCUAUAAACAUUGAGAGGGGUGGGAGAGGGAUAUAUGUAGACUUUGGAAAGAACACCAUCUAGGCAAAAACAAUGAAAACUGUAGUGCUUCUUUAAAGAAAAAGUACUGAUGGAUUCAGCCAUGUAUGAAAUAUAGAACUCUUUUGCAAUUGCAUGCUCGAAAACUACACAACCUUGGCCAGAACCUCGAAACUGCCUCAGAACUGUUGGAAAAAAACUUUGGGCAGAAAAUCUCUUCAAUGCUUGGGAUAAACCUUUUUUUCACUUUAACUUUUUUUUAUGGUAUUUAAAGCAAUUUUUUUUCUUAAAAGUGAUUUACAAAAGAAAAAAAGUUGCUACCAAAUCUGCUGUAAAUAUAUUUACACAGCCUAAUGAUAUGUAAAUACCUUUAAUAAAAAUCUUUAUAUAGAAAAUUUUACAAAAAACAGUGCAACAAAAAUGCUUAGUGGGUUGUGGCAACUGAACUUAUAAUUGUCCUUGAACUUAUGUGUGCCAUAACAUUUCACAAACCUUUCGUCGUUUUUAUUUAAAAAGAACUUUUUGUCAUUUUUUAAAACAAAUGAUUUUAUUUUGAGUUUCUAGAUAAAUAAAAUAUUUGCCCUGAAUUGUAA